AUGGCGCAUAGGAAAGCCAUUGUGGUGGCUAUAUCCGGCUGCUCGUCAAGCGGGAAGACGACGCUGUCACGACUGCUACGAGACAUAUUUCCAAGCACCUUUAUCCUGCAUGAGGAUGACUUUUACAAGACCGACAAAGAUAUUCCUUUAAACAAUGGAAUCGCAGACUGGGAUUGCGCGGGAGCUAUUGACAUCCCCGCCAUGACGGAGGCAGUGGCAUAUAUUCGUCAACACGCCGAGAUUCCACCCACAUUGAACUCCAUGGAGGACCAAAAUUCUGUCGGGAAAUGCCCCGUCCCAGACUCUCUCAUCGCCGAGCUCAAGGCCAAAGCCGCCGCCGCCAUCCCCGCGAGCCACCCGCUGCGCGAAUCUCGCCUGCGCAUGUGUCUCUUUGACGGCUUCCUGCUGUACUCCAAGUCCAUGACGGAGCUCGCCCCGUCGCUCGACAUCAAGGUCCUGCUGCGCGCCUCGUACGCCCAGGCCAAGGCCCGCCGCGAGGCCCGCGACGGGUACGUGACGCUGGAGGGCUUCUGGAAGGAUCCGCCUGGGUACGUGGAUGAUAUUGUGUGGCCAAACUACGUCAAGGAGCACGAGUGGCUGUUCGAAAAGGGCGACGUCGAGGGGGAGUACAGGCAGGACGUGCUGCAGAAAGAGGGCAUACUGGUGCCAAAGGGCGGCGCCUUGGACCCUGACAUGGCGGAAACGCUGCAGUGGAUGGUUGAUGUCAUCUUGGCUAAGCUGCAAAAUUACAAUUAG